GUUCUGGCUCUUGUUUCUGUGCUUCUCUGACUCCUCUCUCAUUCUGUCGCUCCCUCGCUUCUCUUCACACACAUACACACCGUCUCAUUCUUCCCACACUCUCCACUCACUCUACUGCAGAAAUGGCUGAGGCUUUCGUUGGCAGAUGGAACCUGAAGAGCAGUGACAAAUUUGAUGACUACAUGAAGGAGCUGGGAGUGGGCUUUGCUACACGUAAAAUCGGCAACAUGACCAAGCCCACCACUAUUAUCUCCCUUGAUGAUGACAAGGUUACGGUGAGGACGGAGAGUAGCAUUAAGACCACAGAACUCAGCUUCAAACUCGGAGAGGAGUUUGACGAGACCACCGCAGACGACAGAAAAGUUAAGUCCAUAGUGACAGUAGAUGACGGGAAGUUGGUGCACGUACAGAAGUGGGACGGUAAAGAGACCAGUCUGGUCAGGGAGGUCAGCGGCAACAACCUCACACUGACACUUAAAAUGGGAGAUAUUGUUGCCACACGUCUCUACGAGAAGGCGGAGUAGACGCCACCACUGAGCCCCUCCUGUUACAAUCCUGUUACAACUAAAGCCCCCAACCCCUGAAGACCACCUCAGCUCAGGCCAAUUAAAGUGAUGCUGAUCCCUCCGACACCCCUUCAUACUGUAUAUGUUCAGUAUUAACAUUACUGCUGACUGUGAGCUCAUUUUUUUCCCUCAUCCCUCUCUUCUAAUGGUUCUUUCCACUGUAUGAAACACUGAAUAAAUUCCAAGUACUUGUUGUUUUUACUUUACUCUUUAAUGCCAGGUCUGCUUUUUUU